AUGAUUAGUUCUAAUUACAUUUCCACAUUGGGCGCCUCCAAUAAUAAUGAAAGACGAAAGGCCACCAAAGCUAGAGCAAAAAACACAACUAAUAAAAAGAAAAACCAAACCAGUCACAAGCGUGAAUUAUUAAAGAAGAGUCUUGAAUCUCGUAAAGAGUUUGAGAAUCUCACUACAACAUGGCAAGAGAAGCUUUUUGAGCCAGUAGAUAUACCAUUACUCCAGGAAUCGACCAAAUACCUGCAGCCUUCCCAUUAUUUUGAAGUGGUCGAAGAAAGAAAUGCGUAUAACCUAUGCGGCUUUCCCAUUUGUAAUAAAUCCCCUCAAGAAAUUGAAGGACAAUAUCGAAUAUCCCUUCGUGCCAGAAAGAUAUAUGAUGUUUCGGAACUAAGAUGUUACUGUUCUGAUAGAUGCUUACUGGGUUCACGCAUUUUUGCCGCACAAUUAUCCGUUGAGCCUGUGUAUAUGAGAAAUUUUCAAACAUGGAUUCCACCCGAGGUUUUGCCGCUAGACGUUGAUAUUAGACAGAUAAUGAAACAGAGAAGGCAGGAAGCACAGGCAUCCUCGUUUGCUAAUAGACAAAGAGAUUACAUUAAAACGUUGUUGGCAGAACUUCCACCCGCACCUCCUGGACUCGUGAUCCAAGAAAAGAUUACUGACAAGGAUGAUGGUAAUAAUAGUAGUAUGGAUACUUCAACAAAUCCAAUGACAUAUAUUCAUGAUUCUGUUGAAGGAUACCGGAUAGAAUUCUCGAAAAAGAAAAAUCAGCAGGAUAAAAAAGCAUCAACAAUACCAGUAAAACCUACUACUUUGGUGCUUCCUAAAGAAAAAAUUCCUUCAUCGGAUCUCAAUUCUCUUACAAAUGAGAACAAUAACAGCAGCAAUAAUAAGCCAACUAGUGAAAGUCCAAUAGUGGAUUUGAGAAUUGUACCCGUUUCUCAGAUAACUCAAGAUGAAAAAGAAUCUGUUAAUCUUGUUAAUAAGCGAAAGAAACAGAAAAAGAUAGUUCCAAAGAUGUCAAUGUUUGGCAAAAUAUGGACCGCAUUGGAUAGGAUGACCACUCAAGAGACACGGUUUUAUUUCCAUAAAAUGAGAGAUUCAUCGUUAGUGAGCGUAAACAUGAAAGAAACGACGAAUAAAGUUGUCGCCUCGAGCGAAGUCAUAAUGCGAAAUAAUAUAUUCAGUGAAAAGAUUAUUGAAAGCUUCCAUUAUCUACAAUCUCACCUAUCAAUAACCACCAGUAUUGAAAAUGAACUGCUUGAUCUCAUACGUACUUUCACGAUUGACAAUUCAUCAGUAAUUCUUAAUGAUGUUGAAAAUAAUAGAUUCCUCAACUACACCGAAAUAUUUUCACAUCGCCGAUUCAAAAAUCUAAUUGGAAGUAUGGGACUCACAAUUGAGGAGAUGGACGCAUUUGUUAGAGUUGUGCGUGUUGCAUCAACGUGA